CAAUCUGGCUAGAUAGAAAAGGAUAUGUGAAGGAUGAAUAUUAUCAGAGAAGGUUGAAAGAAGACGUAGAGAAACUUGGCCUAACUAUCAAGAUAGUUUGGUUGGAAACUAAAAGUAAUUCUUCUUCUCAAGUUCAGGUACAACAGGCUUCAGUAUUUGUGAACUUCGUUCACAAUAUUAUAUAUCAU